AUGUAUAGCCAAUAUGGCUGUUGAGAGGAAAGUAUGAAAUUUUUCACCUUUAAAGCCAGCUGCUGUAACAACUAUUAACGGUCUUCUGUCUGUUUUUUCAAGGCGUUUAGGGUCACACUGCGUAAGAAUAUAUAUUUUCUUGCGUUAACAAAAAACUUAAACUCAAAAUGAGUAAUAUUUACAUUCAAGAGCCACCAACAAAUGGAAAGGUCUUGUUGAAGACCACAGCAGGUGACAUUGACAUUGAGUUGUGGUCCAAGGAGGCUCCUAAAGCAUGCAGGAACUUUGUACAGCUGUGUAUGGAAGGUUAUUAUGAUGGCACAGUUUUCCACAGAGUGGUGCGUGAGUUCAUCGUUCAGGGAGGAGAUCCUACUGGAACAGGAGAAGGUGGAGAGUCCAUCUACGGCCGGCCAUUCAAGGAUGAGUUUCACUCCAGACUGCGCUUUAACCGGAGGGGUUUGGUUGCUAUGGCGAAUGCUGGACCACAUGAUAACGGCAGUCAGUUUUUCUUCACCUUGGGACGUGCUGAUGAGCUCAACAAUAAACAUACCAUAUUUGGCAAGAUCACUGGAGACACAGUUUAUAAUAUGCUCAGAUUAGCAGAAGUUGAAUGUGAUGCUGAAGAGAGACCACUAAAUCCCCACAAGAUAAAAACCGCUGAGGUGCUGCAUUCUCCUUUUGAUGACAUUAUACCUCGUGAAAUAAAGAAAGCAAAAAAGGAAAAAGACAAAGAGGAGGGAAAGAAAUCUCAGUCAAAGGCCACAAAGAACUUCAGUCUUUUAUCAUUUGGAGAGGAAGCAGAAGAAGAGGAGGAGAUGGUGAAUCAAGUCAGUCAGACAUUAAAGGGAAAAAGCAAAAGCAGCCACGACCUCCUGAAAGAUGAUCCCAGACUGAGCUCUGUUCCAGCAGUGGAUAAGAAAAGAAAGAAAGGUGCAUCUGGAGAUUUAGCUGAGUCAGACGACGAGGCGGAUGACGAUGUUGAGGAUGACUCUGAUGCCGAUGAAGAAUAUGACUCGGACAAGAAAGAGAAGAUGAGAGAGCUCAUCAGCAAAAAGCUCAAGAAAGAAAAAGGCUCAGAGAAAGCGGCAGAGCCGAGUGAGGAGGAUCGAGGCAAAAAGACCAGCCGCAGUGAUGAAUUACGGAAAGAAGCACGACAGUUGAAGAAGGAGCUACAGGCCAUAAAGCAAAGGAAAGAAGAAGCUUCAAAACCUGCAGUAGAUGAAGUCAAGGACGUGGAUAAAAAACCAGCAAAUGAGGCUGUGGCUGAGUACCUGGAGGGAAGAAAGAAGUACGAAGAGCUCAGAAAACAAAAGGUGAAGAAAGGCUCAAGCAGAGAAGAACAGACGAUGGCCCUGCUGAAUCGCUUCAAGUCCAAGCUGUCAUCUGCCAUCAGCGAGGGUCCAGAGGAGGACGUGGAGGAGCUGGCAGAGGACGACGACAAAGGAUGGAUGGGCCAUGUUCUGCAGUUUGAUGAGCAAACCAGAAAAGUCAAGGAUGCCAACAUGCAGGACGAAGACACAUUCGAGAUCUACGACCCACGCAACCCCGUCAACAAGCGCAGGAGAGAGGAGAGCAAGAAGAUCAUGAAGGAGAAGAAGGCCAAGAGGUGAGGUCGAAGGCUGGCUCUGAAAAACUGGCCAUGCAGCGUCCUGCCUGUCCGCUUUUCCACUUCUACCCCGUUCAGUCUCCCGACUCCAACAUCUGGAUUGAGGAUGCUGAACAUACCGCCGCUGUAAUCUGUGGUGGAACGGCUUCCUCCCUUGGAACAGCAGCAGCCGAACAACGCUCAGUGCCUCACCAGGAGUUAGACUGUGGUCGUAGUGAAGAUAGCUGAUUACAUGUAAUACUGUUAACUUUUUAUGCCUUAUUGUUUUCCGUUUAUGUUGUCUACAGCUUCAAUGUGAGCCUUUAGCCUGAAAAAUAAACUACAUCUAUAAACAGUC